UUUCACUCGCUUCAGUAGGGGGUGGUUUUGCCAGUUUCGAUUUGCUUGUAGGUGAAUGAACACACCAGCGUAAUAUCGGUGCGAGUGCGCUAUUGUUUGCGAGUUUGUGUGCUAGAAGCUUGAGGAAAAAUCACAUUUCUGUCGAAUUUCUGUCGCAAGCGAAUUGUCUCAUCGUAAAUCACGGUCACCUUUUGUGGUAUAAUUAUUUAGCAGUCACAACCCAGUCGCGUGUGUCCGUUUGUGUGUGUCCUGUUUUUGCUUGUCGAAAGUGAGGUGCAAAUUAGCAUUCAAGUAGCACCACACACGAAAAUUCAAGAUGGAUAUCGGAGGAGCAUACGGUGGUGGUAAAGCGGGUGGUGCAUUCGAUCCUAUUGCAUUCGUACAGCGUCCGACGGUCAUACUGCGUGCCGUUUGCUGGCUAUUUGCGAUCAUCGUGUUCGGAUGUGUUUCAUCGGAAGGGUGGCGGGAGGAAGCGAACGGCAAGGAGUAUUGCAUAAUUAAUCGUGAUGGUAAUGCCUGCAACUAUGCGGUCGGUAUCGGUGUGAUCGCUUUUCUCGCCUCGAUGGGCUUCAUUGCGGGCGAGUAUCUGUUCGAGCAGAUGUCGUCGGUCAAGACGAGAAAGCACUACGUACUGGCUGAUCUUGGCUUUUCUGCAUUCUGGUCAUUCCUGUUCUUCAUCGGCUUCUGCUAUCUUACCAACCAGUGGGGCAAAGCGGACGAUCCACCGAAUGGUGAGGGCGUCAACAACGUACAAGCUUCCAUCGUGUUCUCGUUCUUCUCGAUCUUCACCUGGGCCGGCUGUGCGUACUUUGCGUUCCUGCGCUUCAAAGCCGGUGUAGAUCCAUCGUUCUCCUCUACCUACGAGUCGGAUCCGAGCGCUGCUCAACAGUACGCGGCCUAUCCGGCCUCGAACGAUAAUGACCAAUUCCAGGAGGCACCGUUCUCCGGCCAACAGCAGCAACAACAGCAACAGCGAGCAGACUAUUCGCAGCCUACGUACUAAAUAAGACGACCAUAAUGUAUCCGCGUUGCAUCCGGAUAGGCUUUUGUGCAGAGCAUUUGGAACGAAAGCUCUUUUUAGUGAACAUAUUAUUAAUGUUUGCAGCUGAAAACGAAAACUCUUCCUUGGGCAUGGAUAGGACAAAGAGAUGGUAUUUGCAGAUGAAAAUGUAUUUCAUUUUGUGAUUGAACGCUAAGAACGUAAUUUGAUGGGACAUUCCUUUCGAUGCCAUACGACAGAUGUGACAGCAGGAAAUGAAACUGUGCUUUAUGAGUUUGUUGCUGCUUUAUCAUUUAAAAAUAUCAGAUUGCAGGAAAUUCCUAUCGCAAUGAUGAACCAAAAAGCUAAACCUAAUAGUAUAUAGGAUAGAACCAUGUUUAUUGUUUACUUUUUCUGUUUUUUUUUAUUGCAAUUUAACGGUCGGAUUGUUUACAAAGUAUGAUAAUGCUCGAAACUAUGGCUCGAAACCUUCCAUGAGAGGUUCGGAACGGAAAAGUAUAUUUAACAAGUAUGUUACCAAAGAGUAUUGGAAUCACACCGAGCCGUGUUGAGCGAUGUGUGUAAUGAAAAAAAAAAAACAAAAAUGGCUAAAACGUGUUUGUAACUGUAGUAUGAAUGUAUAAAAGUAUGCAAACUCAAUGACUUUGUAUGGUGUUGAUAAAGAAAACAAAACCCAUUAACAACUAACGUAUUCGGAACGUGUAGUUAAACAUGGCGCUAGGAAAUCAAACCUUCAGAAUUUCACAAAACGUAUAACAAAAAAUCAGUUGAAUGGAGUGUUAAUAGGGACGAAAUAUGUGUCCAUUGGAAGAACUUAAACAAACCAAUAUUUCCGAACAUCCCUGGUCAGAUAGUUUGAUAAAUAACCUGAACACAUUCCAAACUAUUUUAAUGUGUAAUUUACGAUCAAAAAAGGUUUAGCAGUUCGUACCAAUGAUGAAAACAAAAAAAAAAAACAUUUCAAUAAUGAAGAGGAAUAUUGAAUAUUCAAUAGCGAUUAUUUUCAACCGAACAUUUAGAUAAUCCUUAGCAUAAUGCAGUUUAAGUUAGUAAAACAGUUGUAAGAAAAGUAUAUUUAUUGAAAUUAAAAAUGUAAUAAUUUAUUUAUCUAACCAGUUGACGAUCAACGCGCUGAAACAAUUUAUAGUCAGUUAAAAGUUACAAAGUCGUUACAUACAUGCCGCCAUAAUGCAGCGUUUGGUUUUUAGUUUGCUGAUAAACGAUAAAGUUUUGAAGACUUC